GUCAUUCAAGUCACAACUAUCAGUCCGAAGGAGUGUCGUUCUAAAAGAACACUCGAUCACCAACAACGAAGCCAAACGCUCCCGAAACAUCCAAACCCCACAAACAAACAAAACCCCAACCAAAUAAAGCCAUCAUGAAUUUCCUGCGCAAACUCGUCGGCCGUCCCGAGGACGCUAAUAAGCCUCCCACCGACGCAAACGACCAACCCCAAUCCACAUUCAUCACCCCGGACCCGUUCGCCUCACCCGCCCAAUUCCAAGCCGUGAAAGAGCACAUACAAGCCCUCGCGAGGCGCGACCCAGCCCGCUUCGCCGCGCUCCGGCGCAUGGCCGCCUUCCAAGGCAGCCUGGCCUGGCUCGAAGCCAACUUUCCCGACGAGUCCAAACACGAAAUCAUCGUGCCCGGCCCCUUCCCGGACGCCUUCCCGGGUCCACUAAACGGGCCCGGGCUGGAGCACAUCCAGCCAGGGGACACGCGGAUUUUUUUCAUGCGGAGGAAGGACGUCUCCGGCCCGGCGGGGAUCGUGCUCAUGCAGCUUACCGUGUUUCCGGGGACAGAAGUUACCGGGGAGGACGGGGAAUCCGUCAUGUGGCUCGGGACGCCGGCCAUGGAGACCGCGGUGGCGGCGUUCUUGGGGCUGUUGCGGCGGAUGGUCGACUCUGGUAACCUGGAGAAGUGUACGGCGAUCAUUGCCAUGGGCGUGGAUAUGACGAUAUACCACUUCACGCCGGAGAGGGGGUUCUUUGAUCCGCCCGAAGGGUUUGGCUUUCGGCAGGAGAAGCUGGAUUGGGAUCAGGAGGGGAUAUUGCCGAAGGUGUAGCCUUGGGGGACGGAUGCUUCUGACUAUCACCCCCCUUUUCUCCCUUUCGUCCAGGCCGGGCCUGUCCUCGGUCGUUUACUAACCCCACAUUCGAUCGUCCGCCAGGAGAUACGGCAUGUCGUAAUCCAUGACCAGGUAGUAGCCGUCGUUGUCAUUCUUUAGUCUUCUGUCAGUAAUGUCCAUGAAGUGGAGUGGCUUUUCCUAGGUC